CUCUAUUUAAGAUAAAAAAAUUUUUAUUAUGUUUAGAUUAAAAACCGAAAAUUAGUAAUGCAUCAAGUGAAUAUUUUCCUUACUUAGUACCAUCAUUUUACGGUUUAUAUUAUGUUAUUCAUCAAAAGUGAAACUGAACAGCUGAACGUGGCACUGACCGUGUGAAAGCCAGGCAGCGCUAGGACCAAGGGGGAGACAGGCCACACACUUUACAGCCGCGGAGGGGAGGCUGGUUCUCCGGCUGGAGUUUGACAAAGUUCCUCUCUGUUACCUGUAAUGGUGAACAUUUUGAAGAAACGAAAAAAACACAGCCUGUGAUUUAAAAGAACAACCUCUGUGGCCGCGCUGUCAGAGUCGUCUUUAUGUUUAAGUUUUGUGUCUUUCUGUCUUAUCUUCCUGGAAACACCUGCGUCAAUCAGGUAGCACAUCGAUGAAGAGGGAAGUCCUUGGGCUUUGAGCGGUGAACAGGGAUGUGUUCCAGUCGGGGUCUAUGUGGGAGUCAGGAUCGCCCUCCCAACAGAUCGUCCAGCUCGGGGGAUGGCGGUUCAGGGGCACACUAUGCCCUGUGUGCCCUGGGAGUCGGACUCAUUGCUCUGGGCAUUGUCAUGAUUGUGUGGACUGUGAUGCCUCUGGACGGAGCGGCCUCAGACAACUCAACUGCCACAGGAAACAACCCCGACACCAGCGUGCCAGGGAGCAGCGACGAAGAGGAGGGCAGUUCAGACGGCAUUAAGUCCUCGUCGGUGGCCUUGGUGCUGGUUGGAGUGGGGACCGCCAUUCUGUUCUUGUCCAUUUGCUUAGGGGUGAGAAAUAGGCGGAAGGCACGUGAGAGAAGUAGACAGCCGGUGGCAAUGGGAGUCCCCUACAUGGACCAUGUGGCCGGGGAGCAGGAAGAGACACCUGAGCAACCUACAUACAGUGUGCCUAGCUACGAGGAGGUCGUUGGCAGUGGUGACUAUCCAGUCCGCCAGAGCAACCUACGACAAAGCACCUCACAGCUGCCGUCCUACGAGGACAUCAUUGCAGCCGUGGAAAAUGAGGGCACAGAACCCACUAACGACCCCACUGAGGACGCCCCUCCCACCGACCCCACAGCCACAACCACUCCCACACCCACUCCCACUCCUGCUCCGUCUGCAGCUGAGCCUCCGGCUGAGCCCGGCCCUGCAGCCAACCCCAACCAGCCCACCCGCAGCAGCAGCCGGGCCAGUCGCAUACUGCGGCCCCUCCGGGUUCGAAGGAUCAAGUCAGACAAACUGCACCUGAAGGACUUCCGACUCCACAUCCGCAGCCCCACACAAAACCCAGUUACUAUUGAACCAAUCACUCCACCACCACAGUAUGAUGAUAAGAUGCCUGAAUUAGGGUAGCACCUUCUUAUUAUCUUCAAAUGUUUUUCUGUCUUUUGAUUAAUGAAAAUAUCUCUGGAUCAGGCAGACUAAUGACAGCAUUUGUGAAACUCAUUUUGAAUGUUGGGAAGCGGGUUAGCAGUGUGGGCUGGGUGAUGGAGGUCGUGAAGUGGUGUGAGUCCAGAUUGGUGUAGCAAAAAAUGCUGAAAUAAUAUUCUCAAGUACAUCCCUUUUUAUUCUUAUUUUAUUUUUUCCCCAUUAUUAAUUAAUUAAUACUAUUGUUAAGAUUGCUGUAUAUUGAUACUUACUAGUUGUGAAUGUUGCCAGUAUAUUGGAUAUGAUGUAUGGUAAUUCAAGGAAAGGGGGGUAACUGGGACAACUGUGGUAUAGGCAUUUGUAAUUAACAGAUAUACUACCUUUUUAUGUUUUGUAUCUCUGACAAAAACACAGUGAGGACAAGGAUUUAUGAAUUUUUAGAGCUGUUAUGUGAAUGUUAGUCUACUUUUUCUAUGUUUUUCUUUCUUUUUUUAACAUCUCUGCUUUAAGAGGCUCUUUUCAGCUGUCUUUCUUAUUAACAGGUAACAGAAAAUGGUAUCUGGGUCAUGGGUAAUGUGAAUUGUCAAAGAAAGGAAACACUACAUAAAUUCACUGUAUGGAAUAUUGACACAAGGUAAAUAUUUGUGUUUUCUGGUAUUGGAUGGAACUUUGGGACUUCAGUAGGGAGCGCAGUAUGCAAUAUUGUAUUUUUCCUAAGAGACUCCCUCAAAAGACUUAUAUCACCGAAUGUUCAAUGGUCUAAGAAUAUGCUGUAAUAUUUGUAAAAGCUGGCAAACACACACACACACACACACACACACACACAUAUAUAUAUGUGUGUGUGUGCGUGUGUGUGUGUGUGUGUGUGUGUGUGUGUGUAUUCAGUUAGGAUCAUUUCAAGAUUCUAUAUUUUCACUGUGAAAUGUAGAUGAAAAUAAAUUCUGCUGGAACUUUUAUUUCUUUUUUAAGCAUCUUUAAUACCAUGCGAGUAUACAUAAUGAAUGCAAAGUAAACUACACGCCAACUGUAUGCGUCAGUCACCUGUACUCAAAGCUACACCAAGAUGUGCUUUAACACUAACACACUUCAAGAAGACACUGUUCCACUUUUUUAUUGUUUUUUAAUUAAUUGCAUUCUGUUAGCUUAUGUAUUUAUUGUUAAAGAGGAGAAUAUUCUCUUGUAAGUGCAUUAAUAAAAUUCAGCAUAGUUGUU